UGGAGAACCUCGGAUGUCGAUUAUUCGUUUCAUGUCUGCAAUGCGACGGCCGACAAUCCGAUUGUCAUCGACUAUCCGCGUAAUGGUGCUUUCUUUGCCUUGUGGGAAGAGAGAAAUGGAAGCUAUAACCGUCUGCAUGGAUAUUACAUAAACGCUAUGCAUUUUCAACAGAAUCCACAGGCCACCAAUCAAACAAAUCCGCAUGCUAUUUACAGAGAGAGUGACGGGCAAGUGUGCGUUAGCUGGAAGUAUAUCUCUAAAAAUGAUACCUGGAGUAAAGUCGCAUUCAGGUGUUUUACAAGGUCGAUCAAUUGCGAUGAUCCGUGCAGCUGUCAGAGCAAUUUUCCGGUUUGUGGCGCGUGUGGCUAUCAGAUAUGCGACUCGAAUGCUGAGUGUACUGCAGCGCGGCAAUGCAGAUGUAGAAAAGAGCUGGGAUACACCGGAACCGGCACCUCCUGCCAAUUUGAUCCUUGCACACCCGAGCGACACGCAUGCUCGGACAAGGAAAACUGCUCACCGAAUGGCCUUUCUGCUAUCUGCACGUGCAAGAAUGGAUACAAAAGAGUGAAAGGCGCGUGCAU